GCCAGAAGAAAUGACUCGAAAUAGUUUUGAAUUGGAUCCAAUCUUCGCAAAACUGAUUUCGAACGAAGAGUUCACGCCAAGCUUAAUUAAAUGACAUCGUGUUCGAGGACGCUGAUAUAGCAAUAAAUGAAAUAUCGAUACGUAUAAACGUGAGACGAGAUACGUAUAAUGCGAGACGUGCUCGCAUGCCGCUCGGAGGUUUCAUUCAUAGAAGUCCAUUCAUAAAUCCGACGUAAGACGUUCGCCCGUACGAAAAAACAGUUUUUCAUCGAGAUCGGCGAUUUUCGACGACGGGCUUCUCGUGAUAUCAUCUCCCGCGGGGUGGAGUCCGAACCCAGUGACGUAAUGAAACAGAGGGUGUAUCAUACACACGGGGCGGCCGUAAUAACGUGGAGGAGGAACAAGUCGGUGGUGUUGGUACCAAUGGUGGUGAAUACAGCUUUGAAUCUCUUGGUGGUACAGAAGAAGAACGUGGAAGAGGGGUGAGUGGUCGCAGUAUAAAUGUGGCCCGCGCAAGCUCCACCAAUCACUCGCCCUCUGACCUCCAAAGUCCAAGCUCUCGCGGUACCAAACACCCCCUCUUUGUUCGUACGAUCAAGAGACAAGCCAGUUUCGGCAGCGAGACUCGUGGCCUCGUGACCACCUCGUGGGUGCCAUCUGAAUCAUCAUCAAGACUUACAGUUAACGUCUUCGGGAAAGUUGCUCCAGCCGUCGACUGACUCAUUUCCUGGACUUGCGAUUACUUCCUCCGUCGCAAACAUGACAUCACUCGUGGUAUUCGUCCAACGAUGCAUCGUCCUCGUCGCCGUCGUACUGUGCUACUUCCAUGUCCACGGGGAAGAAAGCGUGAAUUGCGAAAUGUAUCCGUAUCACCACACCUGUAGGGGUACAAUGUCGAGGAAACGUGCAAUGUUUCCGAUUACGUAUGGAUCGGAGUGCGAGGGUAACGAAGGAACAAUAAAUUGCAUUCGGGAGAUCGAAGAGAGGCGUCGUACUUAUCCCUACGUUACGCUGUCGAAGUCAAAGCUCUUGGCCGCUCUCCUUAAUAACGAUUUACAAAAGGACAUUGCGCGAUCUGUUCGACACAAGUUAAGGAACGACGAAGUGGACGAACGAAAGGCUUUGAUGGAGAAUUUCUUAUCGGAACUGGAAUCCUCGGACAGCUAUUAAACGAACUAAUUUGGAAAUCAACAGUCGUUCGACCCGCGCACUUUUUCAUACUUUUCGAGAUGUAUACCUAUUCGAUCCUUCUUCCUGUGAAUGUGAAACAAAACUCUGUACCCUCCUUUCUAAAUAUCUUUCUGCUCUGUCGUCAUUCUCCUUAUUUUCUUUAAUGUCUCAAUCAGAUUAAACAAUUGUAUCCACGUUGUCAACAAUAUACAUGUUUUGUGGCAUAAGAGAAGUACAUUUGAAAUUCGAAUCAACGUCCUCCAAUUAUCCUUACGGAAAAGAAAGUACGGAAUUAAAGUGUUGUACGUAUCUACUCAAUGUAUGAUUAAUGUAUAUGUAAAUUCUUGUACAUAUGAAUAUAAAUAAAUUUCAAACAAACAUCACAAAACUGCUUUAUGUGUUUGAAGAGAAAUUCUAUUUAGUUGACACGUUGGCUCUUUAACGCUAAUUUCGUGCAUUCUUGUUGAUGUAUACCGUUGCAAUCCAGAUGAAUCCUAACUAAAAUUAAACAAUGACUCCUAUCUCUGUCGUAGAAUCUUUGAACCCUUUCGAAACGUCACUCGGCACGUGGAAAAACUUAAACAUUUCUAUUGAACUCAAUUAUCGACAC